CCAACAUUCCCUUCAUGUUCAUCGCACAUUAAUUAUCAGCCAAAACUUCAAGAUUUAUCUAUUAAUUUCCUGCUAAUUUCCGGGCCAUCGGAAUAUUCAGAUAUUCUGUUCUUUCUCAUUUUAUUGCGCACUAUGUCUAAAUUAUUUUCUACUGCUGUUCUUCUAUUUUUCGUAUUAAAUUCCGGUGGGGCUCAAAUUACAAAUGCACCUUCUCAAGCCCCAAUAUCUUCUCCUUCUAAAUCGCCGCCGGCAAAAUCUCACGUCCCGGUUUCUUCUCCGGCCUCUACACCCGCGAAGUCUCCGGUAUCUUCGUCCUCGACUCCUAAAUCCAGUCCAUCUACUUCGCCGGUUCAGUCUCCAAUGGCGACUUCUCCAGCGACUACCAUUUCGCCCGCACUCACUCCAUCUAUGGCGACUCCUUCGCCAGUAGCAACUCCGGUGACUACUCCGGCAUAUUCGCCGGCGGUAGCUGAGGUUCCGGCGAAAUCCUCAAGCAUUCCUUCAAGUUCAGCAACUCCAUCCGAAUCACCGGGAAUGUUUCCUUCUACCGGUAGCGAACCAAUGUCGGCGCCGGCGAGUUUAUCGCCGGAGACUUCACAGGGUCCAGUUGCUGAUGAUACUUCCGCUGCAAUUUCAAUUCUCGAGUUGCCGAUUGUUCUAAGUGGGCUUGCUGUUUGGGCUGCCCUAUCAUUUUGAAUGCCUCCGGCCCAAUACUGCGCACUACCACAUUUUGAAAUACUGUUAUUGAGGCUAUCACAAUUGUUGUAAUUUUUUAACACUGAUAUUUCUAAUUCAAUGUACUGUACUGUUUUUUUAUUA